AAGUAGCUCGGCGGAGCGGUCAGUCAGUGCCCACCAUGUGAUGCCCGCGUCCACACGACGACAAUGGUAUCGAUAAGGCAUUGGCCAUACAAACACUUCUUCUUCUCCCUCGUCUCUGCUGCACUGCACCUAGGAGCAGGAGGGAGAGUGUUUUCACCGCGCAUGGACUACGAUGAGUGGACACCGCUGGGCAGAGGAGAUCCUCUAAAAAAUGAUCCCACCUACGACUACGUACCACCCGUGCUUGACCGAGUCAACUACUGGCUGGAGCCCAAGGCCCGGACGCCAGAUCCGCCCCUCACCACCCCUGAGGCUCAAGUUCUACUACUGGGUGUCGCUGCCCCAAAGAAGUCACCGGGCAAAGUCGAGGUUAAAAAACCUUCUCAAGCUGAUUCGAGACAUGACAACUAUGACCCUCUGAUACACUUCAUCAAUGAGAGGAAGCAAGUUGUGAGCAGGGUGCGACCACAGUACAUUCCUCUGCAAGGUGGCUAUCUGUCAUACAGAGCCCCCCUGCGUUCUCCCUACACCAUGCUGAUCCCACCCCCUCCACCUCCCACGCCCACCACUACUGUUGAGACCACCCCUGUCACUACAACUACCACCACCACCACUACUACCUCCACUGAGGGUACUACUUUCGCCACUCCUGAAGCCACUGCCUCAACUAUCACGCAUAUGCAUAAGGUGCUUGCUCCUAUGAUAGACAUCAAUCCAAGUGGUCAGCAGUCUUUGUCAUCUUCUCUACUACAAGUCCUCUUGCAGAAUGAGAUGGCCACUUCUCUGCAGCCACCACAGCCACAGCCCUCCACCACUCCCUCCACCACUCCAAACCCAUCCCUCACAACCGAUCCCCUGUUCUCUCAUUACAAACAACCUGCUGAACCUCUCCGUGGUCCCAUGUAUUUGAUUAUCCAAGGCCACUCAAAAGUGAAGACCUACGGAGUCUCAAAACUUGAUAAACUCUCUGGAUUGCCAAUUGAAGAUGAUAAUGAGGUGGAAGAUCGGCGAAGAAGAAGCAGACAAGUGGAAUUGGAGGAUUUGCUUCCUGUAGAAGAGACUUUAGAAGCUGUAGUCAAGGACUAUGUAGACAACGAUUCAGAGGGCUCUGGACUGAAGCAGUUACUGGCGGCUGUCACGAGUAGCUGAGAGUGGCAGAUGAGCUGUGCAACAAAAUACUGUAGUGAUUUGCUCAUAAAUGAUAACUUUUGUGUCAUAUUUUUACUCAAAAAUACUCAUAAACCUCACUUGUAACAGUGAUGCAAAAAUAGUUCAAGGUCUGGAACAAUCAAAUUAGUACUAUUAGAGUAAAACUCAAAUCUAUCAAGAUUUAGUUUACAAAUUCAAGACAUUUUAGUCUAAACUAAAGACUGAGUAGGGAGAUUAAUUAUUUUAAUUUUUAUAUGUAGAACUUUGGCAUUAUCUUUUUAAUAUAAAUAACUAUGAGUCGACAUAUUAGUAUAUUAAUAGAACAAAGAAUGAUCUUUUCUACCAUAUAAAAUUACAUAAGAAACCUAGUUUAAUAUUUAUCUUUCAUUUACUUAUAACAUGUUUAAAACCAAUCAACUUAGUCAGGCCAUGAGACCACAAGUGUAUCUCACCAAGCUCUAAUUGCGGUGGAACUCAUUGUCUCCAGAAGUUUAGAUUUUUUUUAGUGAACAAAUAAUAUUAUAACUUUAAAGAACAUAAUAUGCAAUAAUAUACAAUUAAUUAUUCGUAUUGUGAAAAAUCAGCGUAAUCAAACACUACAGUACUAUAUACAAUACUGGAAUAAUGAAAUGUUAUUGGAGCGUACAUAGGUCACAAUUUAAUUUUACAAACUGUAUUUUUUUAAUUUGAGUACAUUAAUAGCAUAAUUAUAAAUAACUGUUCUUAUCUGAGCUCUGUAUAAAUAAAAAAUAUAAAAAUAUCCAUAUUUUCUUUAGCAUGUACUCUGAAAUAUGUAUUCUACAAUGUUUGUAAUUAUAACAUUUAAUUUUUAUUCCAGGGGUUUGUCAAUUUCCAGUAUUUUCACCAUGACAUAUACUGUUUUCUAAAUAAGUUAGAGGUACUCAUAGUUUUAUAAUUUUAUUGUCAAUUAACUUAUAUUAAUUUAUUUAUCUCAUAACUAUAUGUAUAUUUUCACACAUUAAUGUUGUAUAUAUUUGUAAAAUAAGUUACCAUGUAGUUAAUUAGCUCAAUGUAUCAUAAUUUAGUAUUUAUUAUGUUCAUUUAUUUUCAAAUGUUAAAGAUCUGUAUAUACUUUAGGUAUAACAAUAAAUUUUAAAUUUUUAGCAACA